CACUGAUACUAUCCACCGGUUGCCUUUCUAACCGUAACAACGACGGAAACGCGUCACGAUCAAGAGUCACUGCCAGAUUUUGACUGGAGUUGGAAGAAGUUAUCUGUUCACUCUCCGGGUCCCCUUCUUUCAUACUGCAGCAAACUAUCAUGUCCUCUAAAUACGACAGUAUUACAGAUGCUAUCACCCCAACGUGUGCCACGAUAAAGCGUACUCCAUCACGCGCUAGUGUUUCGAGCACAUAUUCAACCCGGAAGCGAAGGCGGGUCUCCGUGGCUUCGCUUCACUUGGGACAAGAUUUGGCAAGACCAUUAGUACCGGAGACUCCAAUCGAGGAGAUAAACGGAGACCGAUUUGUGACAGUCCGAACUUCAACGUCAUUCCCAUUGAAUAUUACACCGAGAACAAAUCGUAUCGCCAAAGCAUUUGGUCUACUCGAUGACCGUGUAUUAAGUCCUACCAACUCUCCCUCACUCUAUUCAGACCGAUGUUUUCGUUCAUUGCUUCGCCGAAGUGCUUCAGAGUUGUUUUCAACUUCGCGUGCUGCAUCUUUGCUCUCAGCAAAGGCCAAUUUAGGGGCUCGGAACCAUUUUGUACUAGCACUCGACGGACCUGGGAUGUCUACGGACCUUUUCGCCUCUCCAAUGGCAUGGUCGCAUGCCAACUGCAUCGGGGUUGCUUUCAAAUAUGACGUGUAUUUUCAGGACCUUGAAUCCCGGGCAGUAGUCCACCUAUGUCGUUCCUCACUUUCAGACGGGACAGUCCACAGUAUUGAUUGGGGUGGCAAAGCCAAACCUUAUCUCCUCGCGCUUGGGACGACAUUUGGUGAUGUUAGAGUUAUGGAUGCCGAGAAAGGAAUGCAGCUCGUAGAUUGGGUCGAUGAUGGUCAUGGCAUGGGAGGCAUGCACUGGAAUGGUGAUGUUCUUGCCGUUGGCAGAGCUGGCGGCAAUGUGACUCUGUUCGAUAUCCGGAUGCGGGCUGAGAUAGCCAACAUCAUGGGCCAUAAACGCCGAGUACACGGUGUAAAAUGGUCGGUUGACGGACACCAUCUGGCCACAGGGGAUGACAGUGGUAUUGUCCAUAUAUGGGACCAUAGAGCAAGUAAUCUUCUAACGAAUGGGGACAAAAAUAUCCGGAUGAAACACAAAGGUCCGGUCAAGGCCUUAUCAUGGAGUCCAUGGCAGCAUGGCCUGUUGGCAAGUGGAGGGGGUUCCCCCGAUGGUGCAAUACACAUUUGGAAUACCGGAAAGAUGGCCCCAUCCUCUGGCCCUGUGCAUACCAUCCCCUUACAGACAACUAUCACAUCUUUGCACUGGUCCCUCCACUGCAAGGAGCUCUUGAGCACCCACGGAUCUUCGUGGGCUGUACCCCAAAUUAACGUACACCCGGCAGCUCAUGCAUCAGCCGUAGGUGUAGAAAACUCACUCGCCGUUCAUUCUUACCCUUCCUGUCGACAAAUUGUUAACGUCAAAGCACACUCCGCUCCUGUGGGCCACUCUUGUAUGGCCCCUGACGGAUGUUCUGUAUUUACUGUCAGUCCCAAGGAGGAGACCAUUAAGAUGUUUAGGGUGUGGUCCGCGCCCGAUGACAAGGACAAAAAUGAAGGCAGUGACAUGACCUUCAAGUCCACCAUACGAUAAGCAUCAAUAUUUUCGAUGCAUGUACCACUACUACUGCUACCCACGUACUUAUUCAUUCACAGCACGCCACCCACAUGCUUCUAUAUUUUUGCAUGUAUACCUGUGUUAAUGAUUUCCUUCUCUUCCUAAAUCUGCUUGCAUACUUAUUUGGAUACCUUGGACCCACCUGGCUGGUAUCUUCAUGUCAUCAUUGGUGUCCUUGCGCUCUGCCUCUGCUUGGACUGUCCAUAUGGUUCACCCUAGUACGUAUGACGGAUGUGGUAAGUGCGUCCUGAAUUAAAUUGUCCUUCUACAACAAAUUCCUUUGAAUGAAUAUCUGGUGAUCAUUUCA